AUGAACAGAAUCAUACUAAUUUUAUCGUUAUCAUUACAAAGUUAAGUAUUCACCAAAUAUACUCUUUGGAAUUCAAAUGUUACAUGCACAUCAGCUGGGGAAAAGACUGAAUGCCAAGAGUUUUUGAGCGAUUCUAGUGCAUGCUGUGCUACAAUCACAGUUAAAACUGCUACAUCAACAAAUUCAUACAACAAAUGCUAUUCUCGUUAUUUUGCUGCAUUAAUGCCAACUUAAACAAUUGGAACUACUACAGUUACAUAUUAAUGCUUAAACUCUAAUCCUUCAGGAUGGUAUAAUUGGCCUUCCUGCAAUAGUGAGAAUAAUUGUGCAGUUGACUAUUGUUGUGCUACUUUUAAUGUAACAAUGAUGGGGGUAACAAAAGACACUACAAAUAAAUAUUGCGUUCUAAAUUAAAAAUAUCUAGGCCAACUGUAGUAGGUAUAUUUUAGCACUCCUAUUAGCUCAUCAACUGCUGAUUUCUAAGGAUCUUGUCUCAGAGCUCUAAAUCCAAGAAACUAUGCAGAAGCAGCUAAGGCCUCAUAUUUUACAAAUUUUAUAAGUAUAACCCUUACAAUGUCAGUCUUACAUUACUUAAUUGGAUGA